GCUUGACCUGUUCGUCCCUGACCGCUGACCUACAUAAGGCAAAGCACCGACGGAGCAGACAAAAAUGGAGGAGAGAGGAUAAAAUUUCUCCGCCAGGAACGCGACGACGACGACGACGACGAGAGGAGGACCAAGCUUAUAGCUUCAAGCUUGUCUUCACGCCCCGCGCCCUGCCCCUUCCCGGUACACUAAAAGUCAUCUGAGGGUGGUGUAAGGGGGUAACACAUUGGUUCAGAGUGUGAGAAAGAUACAACAUUCUGUCGGAAAUUGCUGCAUACCAAGGAAAAUGUCAAGCUAAGGUGCUGGGUUGGUUUCCAGUUUACAGCUGUCCCUCCUGUUGAAUCGGAGCGUGAAGGUGCAGCAGAUUAGCAUCCUUUACUGAUGGAUCACCCUGGAAAUGUCACUCGCCAUGAUCACACAAUCGACAUACCAAGGAAUGAUCUGACAUCGCCGUCAACAUCCCGUCCGGACAAUCAUAAUCACUUGGAUGAGUUGAACCGCAACAGAGGUCCUUCAAACGAAGUUCCUCCUGUCCCAGAAAGUUCUGGCACAACCGGCAUCCCUGACUUUCGAAGCGCAUCUUUCGUGAGAAGGGAUCAAGUCAAUCGUCAGCAGAAUCCUCUGAAUUCUGGCUUAUGGAUCUCAAUCGAACUUAUUGUAAAUGUUAGUCAGAUUAUAGCAGCUGUUACUGUCCUGUCGGUAUCAAGGAAUGAGCAUCCACGCGCUCCACUAUUUGAGUGGGUUGUUGGCUAUAUAAUAGGCUGUGUUGCUACUAUUCCACAUCUUUAUUGGCGCUAUCUCCAUCGCAAUUGCCAGAACAUUGAGCAAGAACCAUCAGCCCAGGGUUCGUCUCAAAGGAACAUAUCCGAGUCUGAUUCUUUUGCAGCAAUUUCAUCUGCUCAUGCAUCAGAAGCCGUUAACGAAGAUAACAGUACUGGAGUCCCAAGAAACAAUUUCCCGAUUGCAAGUCCAAGGGUCUACGCAUUGGUUGCCUGCUUGAAGUUGGCUUUGGAUUGUUUCUUCGCCGUGUGGUUUGUUGUAGGGAAUGUGUGGAUAUUCGGCGGCCGCUCUUCUGUCCAUGACGCUCCUAACUUGUACAGGCUGUGCAUAGUGUUCCUUGCGUUCGGCUUCAUCGGCUACGCACUGCCUUUCAUCCUGUGCACGAUGAUAUGCUGCUGCCUGCCCUGCAUAAUCUCCAUGGUAGGCUUCCACGAGGAUCUGGAUCUGAACAAAGGCGCCACCGCAGAAGUAAUCAACACGCUGGUGGCGUACAAGUACAAGUCGAUGAGGAUCCGCGAUGGCGGAGAUGUGGGGGAAGACAAUGGGGGCGUUCUGGCAUCUGGAACCGACAAGGAGCGGACUAUCUCCGCGGAAGACGCCGUUUGCUGCAUCUGUUUAUCAAGGUUCUCGAACAAUGAAGAUCUGCGUGAGCUUCCCUGCGGGCACGUCUUCCACAUGGAGUGCAUCGACAAAUGGCUCAAGAUCAACGCGCUGUGCCCUCUCUGCAAGUCCGAGCUGGGUGGCUCAACGGCGGCAUCUCCCGACGCUGGCCCCGAGGUCCAGCACCAACAGAAUGAAAACAGGGAAGGAGGCGACGUCGAGUCACAGCGGUAGCUGUUCUUCUGCUUCGUCCCAUGAGCAUGGGCAUGAGGAUGAGGAUGAAACACGCCCUUUCGCGUGGGGCACACCGAUCAACCCCUGAAUUUACGUGACAAGCUAUAAGUAGGACGCAAGUCCAUUUUUCCCAUUCUGGCGGAAUUGUCUCGUAUAUAUUGUAAAUACUCACACCUGCUUAGCUAGUGAUCAUACUCGUACUUAUCAAAUGUGGCAUUCACAAGAAACACUGGUUGGGAGCAUUGGAAUUGUCUCCAUUUCAUGCAGAAAUUGAACUGUUUCAUGUGAAA